UGACACCAAAUCAACACCAGUUUGAACUUGACUAGAGAAAGCCAUGGCUGAGGGCAGUUGGCCCAACUUUGAACUUCAUUCACUGCUUGGCUGCCAGUCAGAAAAUAGUGCUGAGAUGUCAGUGAGUUCACUCUCGUUGAAUAUGGCAUCGGAUGGAUCCAUAUGGAAUGAUAGUCUUGAAUCCAAUGAUUCGUUCGGGACAGGGAAUGAUAUUCCUCGACUCCUUGACAACAGAAAUGUGAUAUCUUCAAAUUUCCUGCCAUCAUGUACACCUGCAGAGAGGAAAUCCCUGGAAUAUGAAAUGGUGAUCAAUAACCCACAUGCUGUUCAGUGGUCCUUACCAACGAAGACUGUGGUAGUAAGGAAAAGUGAAAGUGGCAAAGUUGGGUUUCAAUUUGUAAAGGUUAAGAAUUACUUACUUGUACACUCAGUAAACCGAGGAUCGCCAGCCUAUGAUAAGUUAAAACAAGGGGACCUGAUUCUCUCCGUUAAUGGAUAUCAUAUGGAUGAUCAAAGCAAUGUAAGUUUACUUCUUGACAUAAAGGCUCAAUGAAAAAAAUGAUUAGUUUAUCAUCCU